GCUGGUAUCAGGUGGUACCUUACUUGAGCAAAACUUUUGUCAUUUUUUCCACCAAAAAUUUCUGCUAUGUUGACUAGAAAUCAGCAAUGAUGUUUUUUCUUGAUGAGCAACCGAUGGGGUUUACUUCAAGUCUUGCAAGAUUCCUUCUUUUUCUUCUUGUGGGACUCCCACUCCACUUCUCUUGCAAGUUUGAAUUCAAGAAUGGGGAUUUGCUUGGGAAGUCCUGCUAAGAGUGAUGAUGAUCGCUCUGCUUCUGGGCAAGUUUUUGGAGUAAAAGUAGCUCCUGGCAAUGCAAAACCGGGUUUUAAUCCGUCAAACAUGCAAAUGCAUUCAGGGAUUCUGUCCGAUGCUCUUGUAGGCUCGAUAGUCGAUCUGUCUGUCUCGAGCAACCUCAAAUCGUUCACCUUUGAUGAUCUAAAGAGUGCCACCAAGAACUUCUCUGCUGAUAGUCUUAUUGGUGAGGGAGGAUUCGGUUAUGUGUUCAAAGGAUGGAUAAACGAGAACACGUUGACUCCCUGCAAACCAGGAACCGGGAUGGUUGUGGCCGUGAAAAAACUCAAGGCACAAAGCUUUCAAGGUCACAGGGAGUGGCUUACUGAGGUUAACUAUUUGGGGCAGCUUCACCAUGAGAAUUUGGUGAAAUUAAUUGGAUGUUGCUCAGAAUCUAAAAACAGGCUUUUGGUCUAUGAAUUCAUGCCAAAAGGAAGCUUGGAGAAUCACCUGUUUAAAAAAGGAGUACAACCAAUGGCCUGGGCUACACGGAUGCAAAUCGCUCUUGAUAUUGCACGAGGACUCUCCUUCUUACACAGUCUAAAUGCCAACAUAAUCUACCGUGACUUAAAGGCCUCCAAUGUUCUUAUUGAUUCGAAAUUUCAUGCAAAGCUUUCCGAUUUUGGCUUAGCAAGAAAGGGUCCUAGCGGUGAUGGAUCCCACGUUUCCACUAGAGUUGUUGGUACAAUCGGCUACGCUGCUCCAGAAUAUGUGGCUUCAGGUCGCUUGACUUCAAAGAGCGAUGUCUACAGCUUUGGAGUCGUUCUGUUAGAACUGCUAUCAGGAAAACGAGCAUUGGGAGAUGAGAGUAUCGGAGGAGCUGAAGGCAAAUUAGUAGAAUGGGCUAAGCCAUUUCUGGGAGACAACCGACACUUUUCAAGAAUCAUGGACACAAGGUUAAGGGGUGAGUACUCCAAAAGAGCUGCUCAAACUGUUGCUUCCCUUGCAUUCCGAUGCCUCUUUGUCGACCCCAAGAACCGGCCUCCUAUGCUUGACGUGCAGGCCGAGCUGGAACAGAUCCAAGCUCUCAGGAACUCACCACGACCCAAAAUGGAACUUCGUGUUACAAGACCGAGUUCUCAGAGAUCACAUUCUACUCCACAGUGAAUAUGAUCAAAGGUCGGAUCGUCUAACUUCGUCUUACUAAUCGUAUUUAUGAAUAUGGGGUGUUUGUUUGAAGUGGUUUCUUGUUUCUGGGCGCUGUAAUCUGGUUGGCAACGAAAUGUGAAUUACAACAAGCUCUUUUAAAAUUUAGUAUAAUCACAAUUAUUCUGUCAUUGUA